UCCCACACUCGGGAGCCCCGACCCACGGGCAAGAAGAGCCAAGCUUCGCCCAGAGCCGCUCCACUGCAACCGCCGCCAUGCAGGGCACCAUGAGGCUGUGGGUGUCGGUGCUGACUUUCGCCCUAUCGCUGCUGGUCUGCCUGGGGACGCUGGCAGAAGCGUACCCCUCCAAACCGGACAGCCCCGGCGAGGACGCUCCCGCAGAGGACAUGGCCAGAUACUACUCGGCUCUGAGGCACUACAUCAACCUCAUCACCAGGCAGAGGUACGGAAAGAGAUCAAGCCCAGAGACACUGAUCUCAGACCUCUUGUUGAGGGAAAGCACAGAAAACAUUCCUAGAUCCCGGUUUGAAGACCCUUCGAUGUGGUGAUGGGAUUUGCAGCACACCAUCCAAAUUUUUCCUAGUUUUCAAUUCAUACUUCACUCCUCUGAAGCAAAUCAUAGCAUCAUUCCCAGUGCAUGCAGCCAUUGUACCGAACUCUGUAGAGUUUUUCCUUCAUCAUAUUUGUAUAUACUUUUAUUUAAAUAAAUUAUU